AAAAUCGGUAUGGGUCACCCCAAAGGGUCCCGGCCAGGCUGUUUCACCUAUAUACGAGAUAACUUUGACUUGAGGAAAAGGCCGGAUCAUUGCAUACAUGUAUGUACCAAAUUUGGUCAAAAUCGGUUAAGUCGUUCGAGAGUUGCCGAAAGACAGACGGACAUUACGAUUACAUAAGCCCUGGUUCGGGCUAAACAUAAAAGGUACCCGACGAAACAACAAUAGCAACUUGUUAUUAACAUUUAACAAGUCUCUUACUCCUCUGUUAAUGCUGAUACGAAAUCAUAGAUAGUUGCCUGCAAUCAAGUUUUCUGAAUUUUAGAGCUCUUUAAAACGCGAUGACAAUAAAAGCACGGAAAUUUGUUCUGCGUAACAGACCACAAGGAUUACCGAAAACAUCAGAUUUUGAACUUGUGGAGGAAGAGAUUUCAGAAAACUUGGAGGACGGAGAAAUACUUUGUAAAGCAGAAUGGCUCAGUGUCGACCCUUACAUGCGAUUAGUUGCCAACAAUUUGCAACUUGGCGAAAUGAUGCCAGGAGUUCAGGUAGCUCGAGUUAUCAAGAGUCGUAGCCCAGAAUACGAAGAAGGAUCCAAAGUUGUCGGUCUAUUUGGGUGGCGAGACACAACGAAAUGCAAUCCAUCUCUUCAUACAGAGAUCGAAUACCUGUAUCCCUUACCGGAUAUGAAAUCACUGCCGGAAUCAUACGCUAUUGGAUCAGUUGGUCGAGUUGGUAAUACAGCCUAUUUUGGUUUGUUGGACGUGGGAUGUCCUCAACCUGGAGAAACCGUAGUUGUCUCAGCGGCAGCAGGGGCAGUUGGAUCACUUGUAGGCCAAAUUGCAAAGUUGAAAGGUUGUAAAGUCGUUGGGUUUGCGGGUUCGGAUGAGAAAGUCGACUUCUUGCUGAACGACUUAGGUUUCGAGAAUGCAUUUAAUUAUAAAACCGUCAACGUUCCUGACGCCCUCGUGAAAGCUGCUCCGAAAGGAGUGGAUGUAUAUUUUGACAAUGUCGGGGGAGAAUUUGCGUUCCAUGUGACUCAAAAGAUGAACCAAGGGGGACGGAUUGCGCUGUGUGGAGCGAUCAGUUCGUACAAUCGGGACGCAAGCCAACCUGCUAUGAUUCCAUUUGACUACACAAAGAUGAUUUAUAACAACAUUAAACUUGAAGGACUGCACGUGCUUCGGUGGAAACAUCGCUGGUUUGAAGGAAUCAACCAAAUCCGAGACUGGAUUUUGGAGGGAAAAAUUGUCGUUCGUGAAACUGUUACUGAGGGCUUUGAAAACAUGCCGGAAGCUUUUAUUCGUCUCCUGAAAGGCAGCAACAUUGGGAAAGAAGUGGUGAAGUGUUAACGGAGAGUGUCCUGCAUACAAUUUGACGUAUUUUUUUCUAAAAUUGAGUUCUCCUCUGUCACUUUGUGUAAUGUGUCGUCUGCCAGCAAUAAAUAAGUAAACAUGCCAAAAAAUGA